AUGCAUAUAGAUGGCUUCAAACUACCUUGGAGGUCAGACUACUCUGACAGAUCUUCAUAUUCUCAAAACCGUACAGAGGAAUCCAGCCAAAACCCUCCAGAUACAGCUACCAGCAACGUUAUUUCUCAUGGUUCCUCAAUGGUUCUUCAAGCAAUACUACCUGUUCGUAUAAAACAGAGGGGAAGCAACCGAGAAGUUCUCACCUACGCCCUUUAUGACCCAGGAAGCACAGGGUGCUUCCUAUCAGAAGAACUGAAAGACGACUUGCAAGCUUCCGGUGUUCAAACAAAUCUGCGUCUGAAAACUAUGCAUGGGGAGAGCAUAGUCAAAAGCUACCUUGUCCAGGAUCUCGUCGUCAGUGAUAUAAACGGCCAGAAUGGUAUACUGCUUCCAAAAACGUAUUCCAGACAAGAAAUUCCAGUGAGCCAUGAUCAAAUACCACGUCCAGAACUGUUACGACACUGGCCAUAUCUUCACGUGGCAAAAUCUAUUCCUGAAGUAAUGCCAGAAAUAGACAUCGGUCUACUGAUUGGCAGCAAUUGCCCACUAGCAAUGGAGCCUCUGAAAAUCAUAUCAACAGACGGCAAAGGCCCAUUCGCUCUGCAGUAUCGUCACGGAUGGACAGUCAGCUCCCCGGUAGAAGACAACAGCGUAAUGUCUACACAUCGGGUAAACAGUUAUCACAUUGUGACUGAGGAUAUUGAGCAGGCUACUGAAAUCCUCUCCCCAAACAGAAUACUGAAUAUGCUGGAAAGUGACUUUAUUGAUAGCCAGGUAGAAAGGUAUCCUGGAGAGAAAGGAUUGUCUCCAGAGGAUACUACAUUCAUGAAGAAGGCUGAAAGCAAUGUCGUGUUCAAAGACGGUCACUUUGAGAUCCCUCUCCCUUUCAGGAAUCAGAACUUAAUGGUGCCAAAUAAUAAGAUCCUCGCAAUCAAACGAGCACUCUAUCAAAAGAAGAAAAUGCAAAAGGAUCCCAAGUACCACUCCGACUACGUCAACUUCAUUGACAAAAUACUCCAGAAUGACUAUGCUGAACGUAUCCCAGACUCCCUGCUUACAGCCAAAUCUGGACAUGUGGGGUACCUGCCACAUCAUGGAGUGUACAAUCAAAGAAAACCGGAUAAAAUUAGAGUGGUGUUUGACUGUAGUGCUAAAUUCAACGGAAUAUCCUUAAACGAUCAGUUGCUGCAAGGGCCUGAUCUCACCAAUUCUCUGAUAGGUGUUCUAACCAGAUUCAAAGAACACCAGGUAGCCUUCACUUGUGACGUGGAGUCUAUGUUCUACCAAGUGAAAGUACCCAAACACCAAUACAACCAUCUCAGAUUCCUCUGGUGGCCGAACGGUGACAUAUCAAAGGAAUUCGAAGAGUACUGGAUGAAGGUACACCUUUUCAGUGCAGUGAGCUCACCAAGUAUCGCCAACUACGCACUUAGACGCGUCGCAGAUGAAGGAAACAACUUAAGUUCAAAAGUCGCCCAUACAAUUAAGCGGAACUUCUAUGUUGAUGACUGUCUAAAGUCUGUACCGAACGCCACCAAAGCUAGUUCUCUGAUUGCUGAACUGACUGCCGCCUGCGGGGGCUGUGGAUUCAAACUGUGUAAAUAUACUAGUAAUGACGUCUCUGCCCUAAACACCAUCCCAGCUGACGAUCGAUCCAAAGAGUUAAAGACAAGAGACAUCAAUUAUGACCCCCUGCCUACAGAGCACGCCCUCGGAAUACUUUGGGUCGUCGAAACAGACAUAUUUGGCUUCUCAGUGUUGUUGCCAGACAAACCGCUGACAAGAAGAGGCAUUCUCUCCAUAGUAUCCAUCAACUCUAUGGCCCACCCCUUGUUGGUUUUGCUGCUCCCAUUUGUGCUGCCAGGCAAAAGCAAAUACUGCAAGACCUCUGCAAAGAAACCACUCUCACCUGGGAUGACGAAGUGCCUGAUGAUCACCAGCGACGUUUCAAACAAUGGAUUAGCGAAGCCCCGAAUCUUCAGAAGAUAA